CUGCCAACACCUGGGGCUCCUGCCCCUUUGGGAAACAGGCGUGGGAGGGUGAAGCUGAUAAAUAAAAAGGCAGCCUUCCUGAGGAAGCAGCUGGUGCAUCUGCACGGGUCCCACAAUGCCUGGGGUGAUCUGGCUAUCUCACUCACUGGUGGUGUUACUCCCGGUGGCCCUGCUAGGGGCUGUCUUGCUGGGGGCCACCAUGCUCUUCUGGUGGCAGGCUCCAGCACGGAGCAAGAUCCCCAGGGCGCAGAAGCGUAGGGAGGAGGCUCUGAGGCGGAUGGCAGCCCUGGCAGAACGUCUCCGGCAGCAGGAGCCAGAGCUAGACCCCAAGCCCAUUCUGGAGCUGCCGCUGGAGAAGCUGGUUCAGAAGCUGCUUGCUGACGAGCUGAGUUUGGAGAGUGUCCUCUGCAGUUACCUAGAGGAGGCAAUGAAGGUACACCAGGAGGUGAAUUGCCUGACGGAUUUCCUAGAUGAAUGUGAGGAACAAUUGCAGGCAUUGAAGAAACUCAAGAAGAGUGAGCGAGGACUCCUCUAUGGGGUCCCCAUCAGCCUCAAGGACGUCUAUGACUGCAUGGGCCAUGACUCCACGUGUGGCCUGGCCCAGUUCCUGGAGAAGCCGGCAGCCAAGGACGGAGUCAUCGUGAAAGUGUUAAAGGCUCAGGGAGCUAUUCCCUUUGUUAAGACCAACAUCUCCCAGACGCUGCUGAGCUUUGAUUGCAGCAACCCCAUCUAUGGACAGACUCUGAACCCUGAGAACUUAAAGAAGACAUCUGGGGGCUCCUCAGGGGGUGAAGGAGCUCUCCUGGCAAAAGGGGGUUCCAUCCUGGGCAUGGGUACUGACACCGGAGGCAGUAUCCGUAUUCCAGCCAGCUUUUGUGGUGCCUGUGGAUUCCGGGUCACAGGAUACCGCCUCAGCAACUCCGGAGUUGCCUCUGCUGUCAAGGGCAGGAAAGCAGUGGUCACAGUGGCUGGCCCCUUGGCCUGGGACGUGGAGAGCCUGGCACUGUGCCUGCGAGCGCUGCUGAGUGAACACAUGCACCGACUGGACCCCACCGUGCCCUUCCUGCCCUUCAGGGAGGAGGUGUACUCCAGUAACCGUCCCCUUCGAAUUGGCUACUACGAAUCAGAUGGCUUCACCCAGCCAUCACCUAGCAUGGCCAGGGCUGUGAAGCUCACAUCCAGGCUGCUGCGGGAUGCAGGACACCAGGUCAUCCCCUUCUCUGUCCCCCGAACAGAGUAUGCCUUCUUUCACCUGUACCAAGGGAGUCUGUUUGCUGAUGGAGGGGCCAGCAUUCUGGAGAAACUUAAGGGGGACAUUGUGGACCCCUCCAUGAAGAGCAUAGUCACCCCUCUCAGGUUGCCAAACUCACUCAAACGUUUCUUGGCCUGGAUCUGGAAGUAUUUCGACACCCAAGAAACUGUGGGAGCAGCACAAAGCAGUGGAGGAAUAUCAGCAAGAGUUCAUAGCCAAGUGGAGGUCCCUAGACCUGGAUGUGCUGCUGUCUCCGGCACUGGACCCCGCCUUCUAUAUUGGCUAUCCUGCCAAGGCGCUAGCAAGCAGUUUCUACUUGGGCCUUUACAACCUCCUGAACUUCCCUGCUGGCGUGGUGCCCGUCACCACCGUGACGCCACAGGACGAGAAGGAACUGGCCUUCUACAGAGGCUACUACAGAGAUCGCUUCGACAAAAGUUUCCAGGAGGCGGUGAGAGGAUCUGUGGGGCUUUCAGUGGCUGUGCAGUGCAUCGCUUUGCCAUGGGAAGAGGAACUGUGUCUCCGGUUCAUGAAGGAGGUGGAGACCUUGGUCAAGAACAAGAUGGAACCCAAGUGACAAGACACUCCUUCUCCUGGAGGUCUUUCUACAUCCUCAUCCAAGUCUGCUCUCAAUGUUCCUCCCUUCUCAUGAAUACCAGAUCCGCCUUAUUUCUCCUCCUCCUGGAAGCCCACCACAAGUUUUCUUUGUUGUCCCUCUGUGUGGCUGCUCAGUACACAGACUUCCCAGAUUAUCCCAGCAUGGGGAGCAGGGUGACGUGUUCAAUAAACAUUUUGACUGGCUGGCUUAGGGAUCUCUGGUCUAGAUGGGGAGGUAGGGCUGUAGACUUCCCGUGGCCUUCAACUUCCAGCUGCUCUCCUCCAGUUCAGUGUCUGAGAUGCUAUCCCAGACUGCAGCAGAGGGGAGACGGCCCCAAACUGAGAGCUUGGAGAGCUGGUCCAAAUCCUGGCUCUGCCACUGGUUUGGUGUAUGAUGCUAGGCAAGUUAUUUCCCCUCUCUGGACCUCAGUCUUAUCAUCUACACAUUGAGGGGGUUAGAUUUGAUGUAGUCUGUCCUACCUGCCAGUACUCGACUAUUAUGGGAGAAGCGAUUCCUAGGCACUUUUCUGAUCAAGAACUUGCCAUGGCUCCCACUUUCUAGAGAAAGUUCCAUAGAGCAAGGCCAUGGGAGUGAAACCAAGUCAGAACAGAGCCUGUGUUGGGAGUUAAUCCCCCACUCACCGUCCAGUGCUUUGCCCACGAGCUGCUAAAUUUUUUGACUGGACACCCAGCACCUCCUGAGGACCUGUACAGCCUCUUCUGGUGUGGCUCCACCACAGCGUAACCUGCCUCCAUUCUCUCAAACUGGAGCCUUCUUGCCAGCACAAGGUGUGCCUGUGCCUCUGUUCAUACUGUUCUCUUCAACUAAACGCCAUCACUGUCUUCGCUGCCCUUCAAGUCCUAUGUCAAAUGUUACUUCCUCCAGGAAGCCUUCUUUGAGCCCUCAAUCUCCUCCAUGAUUUUCCGUCCACCUGAACUCUCUUGAGGUUCUCCCCCAACAAAACUUCCCUUUCCUGUAUCCCAUUCCUCUUUGUAGCCCUACUUCCAAUCAACUAGGCAAACUUAUGAACUCAUUCCUCCUGUGUGCUUGAUAGCCCAGACCUCCUGGAGAUAAUAUCCCAGUGCAAAUAAAUGGAAUUCAUCCAUCCAUCCAUUCAUUCUACACUUGUUGAGUACCUCCUCAGGAACAAAAAUGAUGGAAUUUUAGGCAGAAAAAGGCCCGAGUUGAACUAAGAUGGAGACCCCAGGAAUCAUACCAAAAAGGCUGCCCUGAUUCCACUUACAAUAGAAACAACCAUCUUGGGUGUCCAGGUGCAGACUGGACAGGGCUACUGCUGACCUCACCUUGGCCUCCACCUCUCUUCAGGCUCUAGCACAGAGUC